AUGAAGAGGCAGAACGUGCGGACUCUGUCCCUCAUCGUCUGCACCUUCACCUACCUGCUGGUGGGCGCCGCCGUCUUCGACGCCCUCGAGUCGGACCACGAGAUGCGCGAGGAGGAAAAACUCAAAGCCGAGGAGAUCCGGAUCAAGGGCAAGUACAACAUCAGCAGCGAGGACUACCGGCAGCUGGAGCUGGUGAUCCUGCAGUCGGAGCCACACCGCGCUGGCGUCCAGUGGAAAUUCGCCGGCUCCUUCUACUUUGCCAUCACGGUCAUCACCACCAUAGGUUACGGACACGCCGCUCCCGGCACGGACGCGGGCAAGGCCUUCUGCAUGUUCUACGCGGUGCUGGGCAUCCCGCUGACCCUGGUCAUGUUCCAGAGCCUGGGCGAGCGGAUGAACACGUUCGUGCGCUACCUGCUGAAGCGCAUCAAGAGGUGCUGCGGCAUGCGCAACACGGAGGUGUCCAUGGAGAACAUGGUGACCGUGGGCUUCUUCUCCUGCAUGGGGACGCUGUGCAUCGGGGCGGCCGCCUUCUCCCAGUGCGAGGAGUGGAGCUUCUUCCACGCCUACUACUACUGCUUCAUCACGUUGACUACCAUUGGGUUUGGGGAUUACGUGGCCCUGCAGACCAAGGGCGCCCUGCAAAAGAAGCCGCUCUACGUGGCCUUUAGCUUCAUGUAUAUCCUGGUGGGGCUGACGGUCAUCGGGGCCUUCCUCAACCUGGUGGUCCUCAGGUUCCUGACCAUGAACAGCGAGGACGAGCGGCGGGACGCCGAGGAGCGGGCGUCCCUCGCCGGCAACCGCAACAGCAUGGCCAUCCACAUCCCCGAGGAGGCACGGCAGGGCCGGCCCCGGUACAAGGCGGACGUGGCGGACCUGCAGUCCGUGUGCUCCUGCACCUGCUACCGCCCGCAGGAAUACGGUGGCCGCUCGGCGGCACAGCAGAACUCCUUCAGCGCCAAGCUCGCCCCCCAGUACUUCCACCCCAUCUCUUACAAGAUCGAGGAGAUCUCACCAAGCACAUUAAAAAACAGCCUCUUCCCGUCCCCUAUUAGCUCCAUUUCUCCCGGGUUACACAGCUUUACCGACAACCACAGGCUGAUGCGACGGCGGAAGUCCAUCUAGGGUCUGGGGAGGGAAAUGCAAACAAACAAGUCAUUUGUCAUAUCGGACGUUCAGUCUCAUUGGCCCACCUUGUCUUAUUUAUUUAUUAUGGUUAUCCUUUAUUGUUAUGAUUAUUGUCAUC